CUGGCCCAUCUACCAACUGGACGUUGUCGGUGCCUUCCUAAACGCCCGCUGCGACAGAGCCGUGUACGUCAGACUAGCCCCCAGUACAUCCGCCAAGCACUCCGCGACAGCGGGCUCAUGGUAUACAAACUAGAACGGAGCCUAUACGGCCUAUCGCAGUCGCCGGCGCUCAGGAACGACACCCUGGACGAGUCUCUCACGGUGUUCGGAUGGAAAACGACUCAAUCCGACCCCUGCAUGUACGUGUAUACCAGCGGCAACAUCAUCGUGAUUCUCACGCUCGUGGACCAGAAGAAGAAGGAGCUCACGGAUCGAUUCGAGAUGACCGACAUGGGAGAGGUAAAGCGGAUCCUCGGGAUCGAUGUAGAGCGGGACUACGAGCAAGGAACCCUGGCCAUUUUACAGGAGCACUGCGUGAACACAUUUCUGGAACGAGCGGGACUACGAGCAAGGAACCCUGGCCAUUUUACAGGAGCACUGCGUGAACACAUUUCUGGAACGGUUCGGAAUGCAAGAGGCCAACCCAGUGAGCACUCCUGGAUACGGAGCGGAAUUUUCCACGAAUCAACCUCAGGACCAAUCCUAGGACCCACGGACAAGAAAAUCUACCAGUCGAUGACGGGAAGCAUCCUCUACCUGGCCCAGUGCACGCGAUCGGACCUCUCUUACGCGGCCCUACAACUGUCCAAGACCUGCAGCGACCCAGCGCAAGUGAACAUGACAGCAGCCAAGCACGUUCUGCGAUACCUUCGGGGUAAUCAAUUUCGGCUAGCGGCGUUUACGGAUGCAUCCUUCGGAGCAAACCCCGACUACGGAAGAUCUACCACGGGAUAUCUCUUCUUCCUCGCUGGAGGACUCAUCAGCUACGGACCAAUCCUAGGACCCACGGACAAGAAAAUCUACCAGUCGAUGACGGGAAGCAUCCUCUACCUGGCCCAGUGCACGCGAUCGGACCUCUCUUACGCGGCCCUACAACUGUCCAAGACCUGCAGCGACCCAGCGCAAGUGAACAUGACAGCAGCCAAGCACGUUCUGCGAUACCUUCGGGGUAAUCAAGUUCUUCCUAUCGUCUAAAGGAGAGGACAGUUUCGGCUAGCGGCGUUUACGGAUGCAUCCUUCGGAGCAAACCCCGACUACGGAAGAUCUACCACGGGAUAUCUCUUCUUCCUCGCUGGAGGACUCAUCAGCUACGGUGCGAAGACUCAAACUCUAACCGCGCAAAGCACGGUCGAAGCCGAGAUUCAAGCACUUAGUUACUCAGCCAGAGAGGCGGUCUAUAUCUCGACUUUUAUGACGGAACUCAACUUCAAGACCUUCUGAUCGGUUCCCAUCAACAGCGACAGCACUGGAGCGCUGACAGUGGCCGGGAAUGCCAUGCACUCUCAACGCACGAGCACAUGGUCCUGAGGGUCUGAUAAAACGAAAAUAUCACGCCCGGGGCGACUCUAGUCGGGGAAUUCCGAAACGUGCAGAAGAAGACGGAACACGUCUGGCCUAAACUGCAUCUGCACGAAGCAAUACUUUGCAGUAGCAGAUCAAGAGGGGCGGGGGGCACUCACUGCAUGCGUGCUGUCACGCAUACCUUGCCAGCUCCUUCAAACCAGCAGAACCGCCGGCUCUCGACGUGCACGUAUUGCUGACAACCUCAAACGAUCGCUAGUCAAAAUCGGGAACAACCGUGCGACAAUGCAACGCAGAAAAUCACACCCAGAUUCGGCAUCGACGGCCAGCCAAACAGCGAGUAUGCUGUACUUGACUUGAUGCUCAACCGCAGAGAAAAAGCUCAUUCCACCACGUGUCAAAUUUGGUAAACAGCAGAACUGCCCGCCAUGUAGCUCACAUGGAGACAUACUCCCCCUUGCAGUUGAGGUUGUGGCAAGGUCGGUUCGGGAAAACUCAUCUCGCAUGGAAUAUGCCAUAGCGUUGGUGAUGCUGUAUCCACCGUUGGAAAGCCUGCCCCACGCCCUCGCCUUCCUCGUGCACUUGCACACGAUGCUCUCGUGUUUGCCAUUAUCGUUGACCGGGUGGGCGGCGAUGUCGUCCGCGGCGUGCAGUAGAGCCGGCGUGACGACCU